GUUUGCUGACACGAAUAUUCUUCUUCUGCAGCAAAAGAAAAAGAAAAGAAAAGCAAAAUUCAACAGCAUAAAAUGGAUAAAAAAGAAGAAAUUGCAAUAGAAAACGGAAAAUCAGAUAACGGAUCGAUUUGUGGAUUCGAAUCUCUUCACCGUCUCCUUCAAUCCUCACUUUCUCCCUCUGUUUUCAAGGAAGUCAGCCGCGUGCUUACUGGACUGAAUUGUGGAAAACCGCUUGAGCCGUUGACAGUAGUCGAAACCGCCAAAGGGUUGUCCUCUGAACAUGAUUUCGAUCUCCAGGCAUUCAGCUUUAAUGCUGAUAAGGAAUUACUGCGAGAACCUCGUUUAGUACGAGUUGGACUCAUUCAAAAUUCCAUUGCUCUACCAACAACGGCACCAUUUCAGGACCAGAAGAAAGCUAUCUUUCAGAAACUAAAACCUAUCAUUGAUGCAGCAGGUGCUUCGGGGGUCAAUAUAUUAUGUCUACAAGAGGCAUGGAUGAUGCCCUUUGCAUUUUGCACUCGUGAGAAAAGAUGGUGUGAGUUUGCAGAGCCUGCAGAUGGAGAAUCAACACAAUUUCUUCAAGGUUUUGCAAGGAAAUAUAACAUGGUCAUAGUAAGUCCAAUACUCGAGAGAGAUUUGAAACAUGGUGAGACCAUCUGGAAUACUGCAGUCAUUAUUGGGAAUAAUGGUAACAUCAUAGGCAAGCACAGGAAGAAUCAUAUACCUCGAAUUGGGGAUUUCAAUGAGAGUACAUAUUAUAUGGAGGGCAAUACCGGGCACCCUGUAUUUGAGACUGCCUAUGGGAAGAUCGGUGUCAACAUAUGCUAUGGAAGGCAUCACCCUUUAAAUUGGUUAGCCUUUGGGUUAAAUGGGGCAGAAAUUGUCUUUAAUCCAUCUGCCACAGUUGGUGAACUCAGUGAGCCAAUGUGGCCUAUCGAGGCACGAAAUGCUGCAAUAGCGAAUAGUUACUUUGUGGGGUCCAUCAACCGGGUUGGGACCGAGGUGUUCCCGAACCCAUUCACAUCAGGCGAUGGAAAGCCGGAACAUGCAGAUUUUGGACAUUUCUAUGGUUCAAGUCAUGUUUCAGCACCAGAUGCUUCGUGUACACCCUCACUUUCAAGGAACAGAGAUGGGCUGUUGAUAUCAGAUAUGGAUCUCAACCUGUGUAGGCAAUUAAAAGACAAGUGGGGAUUCCGUAUGACGGCUAGGUAUGAGUUAUAUGCCGACAUGCUUUCCCGAUAUGUAAAACCCGACUUUGAGCCCCAGGUCAUUUCUGAUCCCUUGUUGCAUAAAAAUCAUUUGUAAAAAGAUUCAAAACAUGUAUCUACACAUGGUUUAUAGAUCGAGUGGUUGUAAGUUCUUAGAGAAUUAGAGCUCAAGUUCAGAUACCCAUUCGCAUAGUUCCUUGUGUAUAGAUUCCGGGUUUGUAAAAAUGUUGGUGUUUUAUGGUUGCCAAAUUACUGACUAAAAAAACAUAUUUGGUUUAAUGUUAAGUGUAAUAAAUUUGUGAUAA